AUGUCCCAAGCGCCACCUCCCCCUCCACCUCCCCCCCUUCCUACACCGCGUCGCGGGCCACCGCCACCUGAAAGAGGAGCUCAGCAUUCAGUCGAUAAGGUGCUCCCGGAAUAUCUAGCUGACAGCUUCGCCGUCGGCGUGGAAACUGAGUUUCUCCUCUUUCCACGAUCUCGAAAUUUGCAUGGCAGCGGUCUACGGGAUGUAGCCGUCAAAGCUGCAUCCGAAUACAAUUUGUAUCUUUCGCGCACAGGUGAUGGAGAGCACCCGAAGAUGCACAAUGGCAUUGAUCAAGCCUAUCACGGCUUGCAAUUUGCAGAGUGGACACUCGAUUCAGAUUCCACGAUCGAGAUGCCUACCAAGGAUAGCGCGCCAUGGGGUUUUGAGAACAUUUCUCCCAUUUUCCGCGUCCAUAGAGACUCCAGGUGGCGUGAGCACGUUACUAAGAUGUGGUCCUUCCUGUCCGAAAACUAUCAAAUCACAGCCAAUAAAAGCUGUGGUACUCACGUCCACGUUUCCCGAGCAAAAGGUUACAGUAUUGAAGAUCUCAAACGCAUCUGCGCUUCCAUUAUUCACUUUGAGCCGGCUUUUGAAGCCCUUCUACCAGUCGACCGUCUCUCAAAUGAAUACGCACGGAGCAACUGGCUGGACAAUCCCAACUUCGGCUUCCACUAUCAGAGAGAUGAAGACAAGCGCAAGACCGUCAUCUUGAAAAAGGUACUCCAAGCCCCAUCUUGGGAAUAA